CAGAGAAUAUUAAUUGGAAGAUAAUAGACUUCGAUAUGCUUCAGUUGUAUAGUCAUCCACCCGUCGUUUAUAUCCACAAUGGGUAGCAAAAGACCGAAAUUAACACCAGUACUUAUUUUGGUAGUGGCCUAUUGAGCACGGUAGUUGUUUUCAUGUUUUUCAGUAAAAACCUAUUGUAGGCCUGCCUUGUUGGAUUUGUGUUGGAAUAGAUGAUGGCUCUGCACACUUUAGUUCCUGUUAUAUCCCUCGGUUUACUUCUCAUAUGGAAACCCGUCCAUUCUUUGGAUCGAAAUGGAGAAAACGUUUGCUCAACAAUAAAAAGUGCAUCUGAAAGAUACGUGGCUCAGUCUUCUUACCAGUCAAGUUACACGUCUUCUUGUGGCUUCCUUUGGUUAAAUAGAUGUCGCCGUUACAGAACGAGAUAUCGCUAUGUUGCUAGAUAUCGAACAGUGUACAGUAGAGAUUACGUUUGUUGCGACGGUUAUGCAGCGCCCCCUGGUAGCAAUGAAUGUAGUGAACCUAUAUGUGCGCCCGCAUGUAUGAAUGGAAGAUGUGGAGGCCCCAAUCUGUGCGUAUGUGACGAGCAGUUCCAUGGACCAACAUGCGAAUAUAAUUGCAAUUUAGAGAUUAGUAACUGUGAAACCGUAGAUUGUACGAACGCUAUGGAUUCCGUGUGCAUAAAAUGCCUUUACGACAUCAGUGAGGAAAUAAAGGCGUAUGAUUUAGUAGACGGCGUGUGCCAAAAACGUUGUUCGUGGCGGAGUAAGUCUUGCUAUCCUGGUACAUGUACCUCUCUCCAAGGAGUUCCCAGUUGUGCAUGUGCCAAUCGUUUUCAAUCGGAUCCCAACUGCAUGAGAAUUACUGAGGCGCCAACGGUAUCGCACUGCUCAGUAUUACUACAAAAUGACGACGUAUCCAAUGGAAUAUCUACAAGUGAUUUUUCUUGCCAGGAUUUGCAGGGGUCACCUAGUCCUAUCUAUUCAUCCUUACGAGGAAAUGGCUUAUCUGUGAAUUGGCAGACACGUUUUACUGGUCCAUCGUCUGCUACAUAUCCAUUUCCUUAUUAUGUCAACGAUUUUAGAGUGGGCGUGAUUUCAGCAGCGGUCAAUUGGAUAAUUUUAAGAGGUGGUGAUGCAGUAGCUAAUGGCAGCAUUGAUUGUAAAUUGAACCACAAUAAAGAUGACCCGAAUUUGAGCUCACACUCUUGUACACGAUAUGGACGAUUAACUGAACCUCUUCAACACAGUGACAAGUCUCUGAAUGUUUACAAGAUGACCAAGUAUCAGUUUGUUUUGCAUGUCCAUUACCCAAUGUCACUCACAAAUACAUGUCGUGUAUACUGCGCCGUGUUGGGAGUUAACGACACUGCUAAAAAUACUCGCUACGCACGACGCUGCUUUAUUUUUGACGACCAAAGCGAAAUAUCGAUCGUAAAUGACAAACCUAUAGAGCUAGUGGUUGAUGGAGAAAAGCUCAAUCUGCUGGAAUCGGACGUGUGGACUACUGGUGAUAAAAAUGUAAGGUUAAAUAAUGGAAUGAAGAAUCCAGUUGCCAUGGCAAUGGAGUUUGCACCGAAUGCAGAUCUGUCGAAAUAUCUACAACAAUCCCGCGAUUCGCUGUACGACAAUCGUAUUGACCAACUAUCGUCUGCUCAGUUGUGUAUAUAUGCACAGCAGGUGUGUUCCGGAAUGCAACAUAUCCAGCGGCACAAGAUUAUUCACAGGAACCUAGGAGCGAGAAAUAUUUUGGUUGGUGACAACAAGGUUUGCAAGAUUACGGACUUUGGAAGAGCAGUUGUAGCAGACAUCGAUGGUACAUUUGUGGAGACACAAGAGAUUCAACUACCCGUGCGCUGGACAGCAGUGGAAGGACUACGUGACCGAUUAUUUUCCAUGAAUUCCGACGUUUGGUCUUUCGGAGUGCUGAUGUGGGAGAUUGUAACUCUAGGAUCAAAACCAUAUGGAAAUAUGCCUAUUAAGAAAAUCGCUGAAGAUGUUAUCGGAGGGGUGCGGCUAACAAAACCUCGACACUGCUCUGACGCACUGUAAGCUGUGUUUUUUUUA